AUGGAGCCUCUGCUGGGGGUUUUGCUGGGUUGGAUUCUAGUGGUAGCAUCAUCAGCGCAGAACAACUGUACCUGUGAGACCAACAAGUGGGCGGCGUGUGCCAAGGAUGUGUCCGGGAACUGCACCUGCACGCUGGUAGGUUCGGAUCACAAGGUGGACUGUUCAACGCUGACUUCAAAAUGCUGGCUGAUGAGGGCAGAAAUGAUCAUCCGGAAGGGGAAGCGCUUCAGGGGCCAUUUCCGUGGGCUGUUGGAUGAUGACGGCAUUUACAAUCCAGACUGCGAGCACAGCGGCAUCUUCAAAGCCAGGCAGUGCAACAAAGCCGAUACUUGCUGGUGUGUGAACACUGCUGGAGUGAGAAGAUCCAUAAAGGGUGACAAAAGCCUGAAUUGCCUCAAACUGGUUAAAACGAGCUGGAUCUACAUUGAACUGAAGCACCAAAAAAGGUCCAGUGCCUUCGAUGUUGCUGACCUGACAGACGCCCUGAAACAGCUGUUUCAGACCCGGUACAAACUACACCCUAAGUAUAUCGCAUCCAUUAGGUAUGCUUCCCCGCUCAUCCAAAUCCGUCUGAACCAGAAUGACUCGGUGGAAUCUAGGUGUGAUGUAGAUAUAGCUGAUGUCGCUUAUUACUUUGAAAAAGAUAUAAAUGAUGACUCCCUUUUCCCUUCUAACAGUUCCUUAACUGUCUCUGUCAGGGGAGAUACCCUGGAUAUUGACCAACUAUGGAUUUACUACACUGACGAAAAGCCACCAGAGUUUUCCACGAGACAAGUGGUUGGUGGCAUCAACACCGUGGUGACAGUGGUGCUGAGUGCUGGCUUUGGCAUCGCUGUGCUGGUUAUUGUGACGUGGCUGUGCAGAAGAAAAUACGAGAAAGUUGAGACUGAAGAAACAGAUGCAGUAAGAGCACCCAGCUUACAGCUGCUCUGA